AUGGAGAAUCCAGCACCAGCGAAUCUGCCCGUAUCCAGGGAUCAGUUGAUGAACUUUCUCACUUGGGUAUGGCGUCUGCACAGAACAGUGUUCACUGCUUCUAACUCCUUGUUCCUACAGUUUAAACUGCAGCAGGUGAGGACUGAGUUGGACGGGUGGGUGUCGAUAGCCAAGCGACUCCGUGCUUCAGUUCCUUCUGAUGAUAGCAUCCUGUUGGCCUUUGACGAAGUGGUGUCAGAAUUCAAACGGUUCCUGCCUGUCCUGGCGGACAUGUCCCAGCCAGCGAUGAAGGAAAGACACUGGAAGUCCAUCUUCACAGAGAUGGGCGAGACCUGGCAUAUAGAGUGGGAUAUGAAGAUAUCGGAUCUUUUAGCAUACGAUCUGCCUGCAUAUGCUGAAUUUAUCAGACAGAUCCUGGUUAAAGCAAGGAAGGAGUCCAAGCUUCGCCAGCUGCUGCUGUCUGUGAAGAGGUUCUGGCAGAGCUGUGAGUUCCGGCUGGUCACCCACAUUGCCAUGGUUCAUCUUGUGGAGCCUGACCCCAGUGGAACUCAGCGACCCCGUGGACACAAGCUUCAGUCACCCAAGGUCAGCUGGACAGCGAAAGACAGCGGGACCUUGAUUCUUAUUGACAUUGAGAGGCUUCAGUGGCACGUGGAGGACAGUAUGAUGACUUUGAGUAUGAUCAUGUCGAGUUCUGUGCCUGCCGAUGUCCAAGAUGAUGCCGGGAAGCUGAUGGAAGUGAUCGAGCACUUUGGUGAUCUUCUGCAUUUAUGGAAAAACUUUCAAGAUAAGUGGGUCUUCCUGCACCGGAUCCUCUCUGAAAUGGAGAUGGGGUUUCGAACACGAGACCGUGUCAUGAUGUCCAACAUUAAGGAAGUGGAUGCAUUGUAUCGGAGAGUGAUCACAGCUCUGUCUGCCAACCCCUCGAUUCAAUUGGUCCUCGAUGGCCAGGACACCCUGAAGUUUGAGUGCAUGACCUUGUGUGAGAUCUUCCACACAGGCAUCGUAGCCAUGGAGCAGAUUACCGUGCAGAUGUCCAGUCUGCUGGAAGCUGCCCGUCGAGACUUUUCUCGGCUUCACUUUCUCAGUGAUGAUGAAUUGUUUUCUCUCUUUGCCCUGGAGUCUGACCCCCGGAAACUCCUGCCCUUUGUCCAGAAGUGUUUCAGAAAUGUCCAGGACCUUCAGUGUGAGGCGACAGGGAAUGCCACUCUGCAGCUGGCUGUGCCUCAGGUUAAUGUGCUGGCCAUCUACGGCCAGUGGAGGGAGCGCUUGGAGCUGCUGGACCCCCUCAAGCCAGGUCACACUGUGGUUAGCUGGUUCCAGAGGCUAGAGCUGGGUGUGCAACAGAGUCUGUUCCGUGCUCUGGAAAACUGCGUCCGAGAGGGCAUGACAUCUGCAGCAGACACCACCAGGACCAUACUGCAGACAACAGGCAGGUCCAACGCCUACAAGGCAGUGCAGCUGAUGGGGCAGGUCACAAAGAUGGCACAGUCGUACCCAGAGCAGUGUAUCCUCGUCACUGAGAACUUGUGUUGGCAGAGGGAGGUCAAGAAGGUGCUGUUUGCCCACUUGGCUCCCAGGGCCUGGCUCUUGGCUCUCUACAGGGCGAAGGUAGACCAUCUAGCUCUGGUCAUUCGUAGGUUCUGCAAAUCCAUGACGCAAGAGGCCGAAGAGCUGAGGUUGCUCUCCCUCCUUGGGAAUCUGACCGUCACCGUCAUCUAUCACCGCGAUCUCAGUCACCACCUCAUGGCUGCCAACACCGACUCAGAGACCUCCUUCCAAUGGCAGAAACUCCUCAAAUACAGGGUUGACUUGGGCUGGCUUUUCCCCAAGAGGGAAGCCACGAAUCCUUCGGUCAAUGCGUUUGGCCCAUCAACACCAGAGCCACAGCGGAAGCUGUUUGGUCUGAGGUGCUACUUGGACACUCUGAGCACCAGCCUGUAUUACGACUACGAGUACACCGGUUGUGGCCACCAGUCCGUGCACACCCCUCUGACCGACAGGACCUGCCUGGCCCUGCUGCUGGCCGUUCAGAGCUUCAGUACCUGUGCCCUGGUGGGGCCCUGUGGGACAGGUAAAUCUGCCACCCUCUCACACCUUGCUCAUGCUCUGGGCUCCCAGCUGGUCACCCUGCAGUGUGGCGAGGGUGUGACCUCCUGCUUCCUCGCUCAGGUACUGAGAGGAGCUGUCCAGUCCGGCGCAUGGCUGCAGCUGAAAGACACAGACCUCCUGACACGCGGAGCAUUGUCUACCCUUGGACAACAGUUAAUGACUAUUCAGGAUUCCUACAGGCAACUGACAACAACCUAUAACUCCCAGAAACAGGACACUCUCUCUUCACAACAGCCACACAACAGCCUGACCGAUGUGCCAGAGAGGGAGGGCACUCUCCUGGGACUCAGGCGGACGAGGAGUUCAGAGGACCUGAGGCUGUUGGACCCAACAGCUGUGGGAAGUAUCUUGUUCGAAGGAAGAGUGAUCCCAGUCAGAAUCAACUACGCUGUCUUCACAAGUUUCCCAGCAUUUGACUCGAGCAUUACUCUGCCGGAGAACCUGCGCACUGUGCUGAGACCGGUCAGCGUGGUCCGGCCGGACAUCCUGAUCAUCAUUGAGGUCAAGUUGCUCACCCUUGGCUUCCUAAACCCUGCCCACCUGGCCAGGAAAAUUGCACUGUUUUUCAAGGUGGCAAGGGACUGUGGUCUUUUCGGGGAUUAUUGCUGCCUGUCGGCUGUGGACAUGGUGGUGCGGGCAGCAGCCAAGCUUCUUUACCAAAUUCUGCAGACAGCACCCUCCACAGUGGCUGGCAAUCCCAGCAAAGGCCCUUCGGAAGGCAGCAGGGCCACCCCUGACCAGUCAGAUCGGGCUGGGCAGAGUGUGGUGGGGGCUGUUGAUGGAGACAAGGAGAGAGGCAAACCCUCACUAGCUGCUCAGUUUGAGUCGAUUAUAGAACUCGAGGAAUCCUCGGUACUGAGGGCUCUGUUGACCACAUUCUCCUCAUCCACUGCCAGCCCCGAGCGAUGCCAAGAUCUGCAGGAUGUCCUGAGGGACCUGUUCCCCAGAGCCCAGACAUUUGUUGCCCAACAAGACCACUCCCCCGGGCUCCUUAAUGCCAUCAGGCAGAGUCUCCUGGACUCAGGGCUCGAGGUGACGGGGGAAGCGGUCAGUAACACUCUGGCCCUUUCCCAGGCACUCAGAAACAGCCGAGGGGUCAUCCUCUUCGGCCCUGCUGGCAGCGGCAAGACAACUUCAUACAGGGUCUUGUCGCAGGCACUGAAUCGGCUGUCUCAAGGUGACCUGGAACAGACAGCUGGUUCCAGAGGGGAUGACCUGAUGGGUCCACCAGUGAACGUGAUCGUCUACUUCCCUAACAGCCUGUCCUCAGCCCAGCUGCUGGGCUCCCUGUGGAACCAGGCCUGGAUAAAGGGUGAGACCGACCGCUGGGUACAGGACAGAACACACUCCAAGGACAUCGGGUCCCUUCAGGUUAAGCCUUUCUGGCGGCCGGAGCCACUCCGGUGGGUGGUAAUGGACGGUGAGAUGUGCCUCGACUGGCUGCUGCCUGUCAGUGGACUGUUGGCGCAGGGAAACCACCUCACUCUGGCCAGAGGAGAGCGGCUGCUGCUACCCGAGUCCACCUCGCUCAUCCUGGAGACGGGCGACCUGAGCGAUGCCAGUCCUGCCACACUGGCCAGGUGCAGCCUGAUCCACUUUCAGGGCAACUGCGGCUGGCAGGCUCUCUACACCCACACGAUGAACUCGGUCUACAGCCAGUACGUGGUGCAUCGGCGCACGCUGGCCCUCUGGAGGGACCUCGCUCUGGACCUCCUCCCCAACACCCUCCAAUUUCUGCAGCACUGCCGUCCGGCACUCGGCCCCCAGCUUGGCUGUCCAGCCCUCCAGCAGCAGUCACAAACCUAUGGGCUGCUGGAGAUAGCGGCCUUCAACAGGAUCCUUGACAGCCUUCUUCAGAAAUACCUGGCACGUGACCGGGAGAAGGUCCCAGUGGAGCACGGUGCAAUCCCACCAGGUGGAACUCUGGAUAUACCUCCUCACCAGUACCAGCGAGCACACCUUGAUGAUGAAAUCCAGCCCAGGGAUCACAUACUGGCUGCUAGCAUCUUCGCUGUGGCCUAUAUUUGGGGCUUUGGAGGACAUCUGCACUCCAGCCACCGACUUCAGUUUGACACGUUUGCUAGACAAGCCUUGGAGAACAGUCUGUACCCUGUCAGUAUCCCAAAACCCGGCCUGGUCUUUGAUUACUACAUCAACCCCAACAGUGGAUGCCUGGAGACACUUUACAGAGAUCCCGAGGAAGUGACAUGGAGAACGAAAAUACCCCAGUACAUCCUUGUCCCCGAGCUGGAGGUCUACCUGAAGUUACUGGAGCUGCUGAUUUUGCUGGGACAUUCUGUCUUCCUGGUCGGGGAGCCACUCUCUGGGAAGACAAGCUUCGUGCAGGCAUUGAACAGGUUGGGUUCCUUCCCUCAAAUGUACAGGAUGCCCAUCCGCACCAGCACCCAGCCCAGGGAUGUCUGGCAGUACGUGGCAGAACGAGUCUUUCUCCGCAACAGGCAGUCCCCAUCGCUGCCUUUCAACAACAAAGGUUUCCUCUUCUUCCUGGAUGAUAUCCACCUGGCAACCCAGAAGCAGGGAUCCAGAUGCCAACCAGUAUCUGAGGCUCUUCGCCAUUCUCUGACCUGUCACGGCACCUACUGUGAAGACUCUCUCCGGUUCCGGUCCUUCCACUCCACACGGGUCAGCUACAUUGCGACGUGCUCUCCGCAACAUGGGCCAUGGGGCUUUGUCUCAGCUCGCCUCACCCGCCUGAUGAUCGUGCUGGCCCUCCCUGCACUGACCUGGGGAAUGCUGAGUACCAUCUAUAGGCCUGGUGUGCUGUCCUGGUUGAAGAGUUUCCCCACCAACACCAUCUCCAGGCAUGACCUCUUUGCCAAACAUCUUCUUUAUGCCACAAUUGACCUGUAUCAGAAAGUAAGGAGAGUGUUCCUACCAUCUCCCAGCCACCCGCACUACCUGUUCUCAUUGGCUGACAUCAGCAAGGUUCUCCAGGGUCUCUGGUUGAUGGACCCCUCAAACAUCAGCCCCCCAACGAAGGGUAAGCUGAGCAAUUCUGAGUCCGAGGCAUGGCAGGCCCCACUAAGUGUCACCAAAACCAUAGUCAGCCUGUGGCUGCACGAGGCAAUGAGGAUCUUCUCGGACUGCCUUGUGAGUGAUGAGGACAGAGAUACUCUGUCCAUGACUCUGCAGAGAGUGGCUCACACCCACUUCUUCACCCACAGCAUCGAGUUCCUCUUCAACCAAUCACUCCUGCGAAUGGCAGUGGAACCCCAAACUUUGGAAGGCCCACCAGAUCCACUGGAGCAACACCAGGCCAACUGUCCGUCCACCCUGCAGGUACAGGAGGCAGUUGAACAGGGAGAGACGUCCCCAGGGGAAGACAUCAACCGUCAGGAGCCCAACAGCCACUUGAUGGACAGUCAACACAGAAUGGGUCUGAGUUUGGCAGCCUUGAGCACAGAAACGGUGGUAACCCAUGAAAUGCCUGUGAGUGAGACCUUGUCGUUGUUGGGUUUUGGUGAUCAGACACCCGGCAACAAGUCAAGUGUUCCACAAGUCAUCCCAGUGACCCAAAGCACAAAUAUCAGCCAGUUGCCCAGCCACAGUGAGGCCAGGGCUCAGGAUGGGAGUCAUAGGCAGUCCACGUCCAUAAAACCCCUGCUGCCUCUUCACCUGCUCCACACCAGAGAAUCUCUGAGUGACCUGAUCUUCAGCAAGGCAGCAAUUCGGCCAGAAAGCAGACAACAAAUGAACUCCCCGAGGUGGAACCCUUACCGGGAGAUGGCCCACGACCAUUUGGCCCAACAGCUGCGACAGAUGGUUCAGAGGCAGAACCAGAAGUUCAGAGCCAACCAGCAGAUUAUCUUCUACAAGGAGGCGGUACGCCACUUCGCCCACAUCUCCAGGGUCCUGAGCCUACCCAGAUCGCACUGUGCCUUGAUGGCCCCCACUUACUGCACUGGUCGGAAAACUUUGCUCAGGCUGGCUGCGUACCUCCACAUGGCCACUGUCUUCGAGCUGGAUGGUCAGAUGUCCAGUUCGGAAGUGGCCAGCGUGUGCCAGAGAGCGAGCAGGCACGCUGGGCUCCAGGGGAGAUGUACGGUCAUCGUAGCUCACGACUGCGUGGGGCAAGACACUUUGCAGAACCUGUUGGACAUGGCAGCAGAGGGCUGGUUCCCUGGGCUGUACUCUUCCUCUGAGCUCACCCGAGUGGCUAAGCAGUUCACCAGCAGCAGGAAGCUACCAUGGAGCAAAAAGCAAGAGCAGGUGCUGGAGAAGUAUUUCCAAGCUGUACAUCAGUGCCUACACAUAGUGCUGUUGCAGCCAGUUGGUGCUAACAGACUGGUGUCCAGGGUGGGGAGGAGUCUGCUCCGCCUGUCCCACCUCCUGGGGUCCUGCGGCUACAUCGAUGUGUGGCAGCCAUGGAGCGAGCAGGCACUGACCGACAUCGCCACCUCCCACAUGGGGUUUGGAAACCUCUCAACGUUGCCUAGGAGCAUCGGAUCGUUGUUGGUUCAGAUAAGGACGCUGCUCCCAGUCAUCACCAAAAUCAUGGCACUAAUUCACCAGUUGGCGCUGAGCUACGCCAAUCAUUUGGCUCCCUCCCUGCCACUCAUUACACCACGACAUUACCUAGACUUCAUUGACUUGUUCUUAAUGAUAAACCACAACCUGGAGCAAUCAGAAGGCUCACAAAUCGAGAGGAUGGAGUUGGGCCUGCAGAAGAUACAGGAAGUGUAUAACGUGGCUGAGGAGCACAGAAAGCAAAUAGAACACUUCAAACAGCAACUCCAGCUGAUGUCACAGGAGCAACGGCUGCUACAGGAAUUCUAUGCCCAGCUGCGAAGCGACUUCAAGCUCAUCUUACAGAAGAACCGGGAGGAGGAGAUCCGGCUGAGCCUGCUACAGCAGGAGCUGGAGGCUGCCCGCCAGGCCUUUGCCAAGGAACAUGGCAUGGGCAAGCCUCUGUAUGAGACGGCGUUGGAGGCCUUCAGGGCACUGAGCUCCAGUGACCUCGAUGAAGUGCGGACAUACCGGGCACCACCGCGCUCCGUGGUGGUGCUGAUGAACACUGUGUGCGUGAUGUUCGGCAGGCCCGAUGGAUGGGAGAGUGCGAAACAGUUGCUCAGUCAGCCGAACUUCUACCAGGAUCUGGAAUUCUACGACAAGGAGAACAUCCCGGAUCACAUCUUCAGGACCCUGGAGAGCAUCGUGCUCAGGCCGGAACUGCAACCGGCCGCGGUCCGCGAGGCGAGCAGAGCGGCGGAAUCCUUCAGUCUUUGGAUCCGGGCCGUAUACUACCAUGCCGUGGUGGUCCGAGAAUACAGCCCCGUCUUCAUCAACCGUUUCCAGACCCUGAUCGACGAGGCGCAGGCCACCUUGGGGGUGGUACGGAAACGCGCCUUCGAAAUGAAGACGGCUCUGCUGGAUCUGUUGCGGGAAGACGGCGAGAGGUAUCUGGUGGGCACCGAAUCGCUGACGGACAUCAGCAAGGAGGACCUUCUGAGGCUUUUGGGGCAAAAGGAAAUGGACCUGGUGGGAAGGCUGAAGAAGCAGCAGCGGCAGGCGCAAGUCGAGCUGAUGGGGCGCCAGAGGGAACUGGAGCGCUGCGACCAGCUGAUGCGAGCCCUCUGUUCCCAUCAGUCUGACUGGAAAGAUGCCCUGCAGCAGUGCCGGGAACGCAGGAUGACUGCUUCAGGCGACAGUCUGCUAACUGCGGCCGCCGUUGCUUACCUGGGACCCUUCAUGGAAACGACGUGGCAGGAGUUACUAGAGAAAUGGAAAGUGGCCUGUUACAGCGGCAGAAUGGAGACGAAGCACAGGGACGCACGGAUGGAACUGCUGGGCUCGUUGGCUGACGAGUCCCCCUCCUCCCGAGCAGCAGGAGAGGAGCCCACCGACGCUCCUGGUCCCUUCAUCCGGAGUCGGAACAAUUUCCUCCUGCUGGACGCGCUGAGUUCACUGCGCGAACAGCUGGAGUGGAACCAGCUCAAGCUUCCUGUUAAUGCCACGGUCAGGAUCAGCAUCCUGAUCGCUCGCCUCCAGCUCCAGCACGCCGCAACCCCCUGGCCGCUGUUCAUCGACCCCGACCUGCAGACCGGAAUCUGGAUGGGAGUCCUGCAGGCUGGAGGCGGACCACAGCUGGACCGGCAGCUGCUAGGAGGCUCAGUUGGAAGUGUACGAUUGGUGGAGGAGGGCUCCGUGAUGGAAGCAGAGGCGUGGGACGGACCCGGUGACGUACUGACGGACGGUCGUGGGGACGUCGACUGGACACCGGAGCUGAUACAGGAAGAACCACUGAACAACCUCUGGGUCUGUUCCAUCACCAGCGAGCGCCUUGAGCACCUCCUCCUGACAGCGGCCUUCAACGGAAUUGGUGUCUUGGUCACGAACGUUGAACUCUGCCCAUUCCCUCCCGUCUUGAGGGCUUUCCUUGCGGUCAGUCGCUGGCAGGUGGCUGUGGAUGGCUGGAACCUCACCUGCGGGGCACUUCGGGUUCGCGUCAAACCAACAUUCCGUCUCUACCUCAGCACCUCGCUGCCACUCCAAAGCAUCGAGUCAGAGAUGGACCCAGCCAUGCUGAAGCUGGUGAGAGUGAUCAACCUGACCAUCAGUCCAUCAGCAUUGCAGGAGCUGCUCCUGAAGGAAGUUCUGUAUUUCGAGAGGGCACGGGUGGAAGACCUCAGCCGCACUCAUCAGACGGACACCAUGUACCUACAACACCAACUCCAAGUCACCCAGGAGGAGCUAAUGGACAAGGUCAUCGAGACAGACACCAGUUUGCUCAACAACCCAACCAUCCAUGAGGAGGCGCUGCAGAGCCAAAGUGCCAAGAUGGAGAUUCGCAGUAAGCUCAAUGCUCUGGGCAAAGCAGACAAUCCCAGUGCAGCCACGAACAACCCUUACGUGGUGAUCUCCAACAUCGGCUCUGAGAUGUACUGGGCACUUGUCCACAUCUCACACCUCAGCGCCUUCUACUUCUUCCCCAAAACUGGCUUCAUGAAUGUGGUGAGGGCCGCCCUCUCGAGCCGCCAGCUGAGUGCCCCCCAUUACCCCCCAGGCACAGGCAGCUGCAAGGAGCACUACAUGGACCUGAUGGACUACCUCAUCUCUCACAUCUACAGCCACUUCCGUUGCUGCAUGUUCGCCAGUCAUGCUCGUCUCUACCGAUUCCUGGUGGUUAUCGGCUACAUGAAGGUGUUCAACAUGGUGUCAGCAGUGGAGUGGGAGCUCUUCCUGAAGGGUACCCAGGACCUGGAGCUGGGCGACAGGCUACUGUACCAUCCCCAUAGCCGCCCCACCUGGAUCAGCGACGAGGUGUGGAGGAGCUGCGCUGUCCUUGAACUCCUGCCCGCCUUUCACAGCCUGCGGGACUCGCUGGUCAGACAAGGCACCCAGUGGCAGGAGUACUUCCAGCUCCCCUGCACGGUGAUCGGCACCGUCCCGUGCACCAGCUUCCGCCACCUCAACACCUUCCAAAAAGCUAUCCUGUGGCGGCUCUUCAAGCCCACCACCCUGAGUCUGGUGAUGGAGGAGGUGGUGACUAGUGUUCUGGGAGGUGCCCUCCGCAGGAACCUGUGGAUCACCGUCUCCUUCCUUUCCACCUACAGCAAACAGAUGGUGCCCAUCAUGUUCCUGAUGCCCCAGGAUAACUCGGUCAACCUGUCCACCCAUCCCUUCUACUGGAUCAGGCAAGCAGCGGCUGAGCAACACAUGCAGAACAAAGUGCGAAUCAUUUCUCUGGGAUCGGACGAUCAGACGGAAGAAAUUCUCCGAGAGUUGCGAAUGGCAAUGAGCAAAGGCCGCUGGCUGGUGUUGAACAACUGUCACCUCCUGCGGCGCUGGCACCGGCGCUUCGUCACCGCCUUCACUCAAAUCAUCAACGCGGCUGGGCCCACGGCUCCGAGGGAAGAAGGUCCCUGCGAGGAAGCAGGAAAACCUGACCCAAUGAUGGUGACGGAAUCCGGGGAGAGAAUCCACUCGGAUUUCCGUCUCUGGUUCACCUGCCGGAAUGAAACGGACUGCUCUCUGCCCGGAGUGAUCCGCCGGUACACAGAGAAGCUAGUGAUCGAGACUCCAUCUUCGCUACAGAGCACACUGAUACGCACCUAUACCCAAGCGCAGACCGAGCAAAGGGAGCGGAAACAGCCAGGAGCGGCAGCCGGGAGUCUCCUCAGCCUCCUGCAUGCCGUUCUCCUCCAUCGCCAGCACUACAGCCUCUGGGCACAGGCUCGCUCCUACCGCUGGACACAGGCAGAUCUCUUCGCUGCCCUUGAUAUUCAGCGGAAGUUGCAGGCGACCUGGGGUGAUGCAGAGACCCUGCUCGAGCACCUUGUAGGUGAGACGGUUGUUCAUUUCACUGCCCCGAGUUCCCUACGACACAAGGUAUGUCUGAGACAUGAGAUUCUGCAGAAGCUGGAAAUCCACAGCAACACACACAAAAUGCUGAAGGAGCUCAGCAGGUCCAGCAGCGUCCAUGGAAGGGAGUAAACAGUCGACGUUUCAGUACAAGACCCUUCUGUUCAACUGGAUACUGCCUGACCUGCUGUGUUAGAACAUUACAGCACAGUAUAGCCUCUUUGGCCCACAAUGUUGUGCCAGCUUUUUAAACUACUCUUAGAUCAAUCAAACCCUUCCCUCCCCUCCAUUUUAAUAUUAUCCAUUUGCUGAUCUAAGAGCAUCUUAAAUGUCGUGGCAGGGUGUCCAGGCACCUACCACUUUGUGUAAAUGCCUACCUCUGACAUCCCCCCCACACAUUCCUCCAAUCACUUUUAAAUUAUGUUUUCUAUUAUAAGCCAUGUCCACCCUGGGAAGAAGUCCAUAAGUCUGGCUGCCCAGUCUGCCUGUGCAUCUUAUCAUAUAACAAUCACAGCACGGAAACAGGCCAUCUCGGCCCUCCUAGUCCGUGCCGAACUCUUAAUCUCACCUAGUCCCACCUACCCGCACUCAGCCCAUAACCCUCCACUCCUUUCCUGUCCAUAUACCUAUACAAUUUUACCUUAAAUGACA